UCUCCCACAGGAACGAGCAAGCAAACAAACAAACGCAUCACCCACCCCCCGCCCCCUCACCACUCCACCAGCAAGCACAAGCACAAGCAGGGCACCACCGCAGGCAGAAGAGAGGAGAGGGAGCAAGAGCCCAGCAGAAGCAUACAUACUCUUCAACCAAGGCAAGGCAAGACAAGAGGAUGAGCGAGGAGGCGGAGGGGAGGGGGGCGAGGCCCGGCGUGCUCAAGGUGGUGGUGGCGCAGGGGACCAACCUCGCCAUCAGGGACUUCACCUCCAGCGACCCCUACGUCGUCGUCCGCCUCGCAGACAAGAGUGCAAAGACAAAAGUCAUCAACAGUUGCCUCAAUCCAGUUUGGAACGAAGAGAUGGUCUUCUCCGUCAGGGAACCUCUAGGGAUCAUCAAAUUUGAGGUGUUCGACCGGGACCGGUUCAAGUACGACGACAAGAUGGGCCACGCCUUCAUCGACCUGCAGCCGGUGGCGGCCGCGACGAAGCUGCGGCGCGCGCUCAAGCUCACCACGGGGGAGACCAGGCUCCGGAAGGUGGCGCCGACCGCCGACAACUGCCUGCUCUCCGACAGCUUCGUGACCUACGCCGACGGCGAGAUCGUGCUCGACUCCCGGCUGCGGCUGCGCGACGUCGAGUCCGGGGAGCUCUUCGUGACCGUCAAGUGGAUCGACGCCGGCGCCACGUGACGCAGCUGCCGCAGGUAGAUCAGACGGCGAUGACGAUGGUGUAGGACUGUAGGGAGCUGUUGCAUGUCUGUGUGAGUGUGCUGCUGUUACUGUCUGUUAUGUAUCUGAAGUUUUCAGGCAGUUCUUAACGGAACAAUUUUUUCUUAGAUAUAAGGAGGAUACGGGACCUCUUUUUUUUUUCUA